AUGGAUAAUAAUUAUAAUAAAUAUUGUUCUGGACAAUUAAGAUUAAUUUCAGAUUUUGAUAAAAUUCAAGAAAUAUUUGAAAUUGUUUUAAAAAAUCAUGUUAGUAAUCAAGGUACCCAAGAUAAUAAUAAUAUUAAAAUUUUAGAUAUUGGUUGUUCACAUGGUAAAAAUUCAAUAAUUGUUUUAAAACCAUUAAUUGAACAAAUUAGAAAUAAAUGGAAGCCAAAUGAAAAAGUAAUUGAAAUAUUUCAUUCAGAUUUACCAAUAAAUGAUUUUUCAAAAUUUUUUAAUGAAGUUUAUCAUUUAAAUUCAUAUUCAAAUAAAAUAAAUAAUAUUUUUACAUAUGGUAUUGGUAAUGGAUAUGAAAAUCAAUUAGUACCAGAUAAUUCAAUUGAUUUUAUAUUUUCAUUUACAACUCUACACUGGGUACCAUUAUUAAAUGAAUAUAAAUCAUUUGAAGGUUCAUUAUUAAAUAUUUCAAUUACAGAUCGUUUACCAGGUUUUGAAAAUUAUUAUAAAGAAAGAUUAUUAAAUGUUUUGCAUCAUCGUUAUAAUGAAUUAAAAGUCGGUGGUAUUUUUUCAUUUAAUCUUUUCAUUCAAGAAGAUCAAGAUAGUGAAAAUGAAGAAAAAAGUAAAUCAAUGAAAAAUUGUACGAAAAAAAUUAAAGAAAUUCUUAGAGAAAUGAGUUAUGAAUCAAUUUUAUCAAGAGAAGAAGUUGAAAAUAUGAUUGUUCCAGCCAUAAUUUUUACUAGAGAUGAAUAUCAAUAUGCAAUUGAUAAAUCAACUAAUAAUACUGGUCUAAAAUUAAUUUAUGAAAAUAGAAUAACAAGCAAUUGGUAUUAUUGUUAUCAAGAUGAUGAAUCUUAUAUUGGUUCAAUCAUUGCAUUUAUUGGUAAUUUCAUUAAAAACGCAAUUAAUGGAGAUAAGAAUAGAGUUGAUUCAAUAUUCAAUGAUUUCGAACAACGUCUACAUUUAAAAUAUAAAUCAAAUCCAAAAGAUUUCCAAUUUCAUGUUAGUAGUUUAUAUUUAUCAUUUUUAAAAGAAAAUUGA